CGAUUCAUUUAUUGACCAAAAUAUAAGACAUCACUUUCUACAGAGUUCAAUCACUGCGCAAUGAUAGUCAUGGAAAUCUCUCUGAUUAUGCUCUUCAUAGAUAUUGAAGAUAUUCGAUAUAUAAUAAGAACAAAUGACAAACUGGCAGCAGACAAUAGUCUCAUGUGAAGAUUCAAGUUUAGUAUCAUAUAUUUCCUCCCCAUCUGUCCUCAACGAUAUGACUGCACUCGCUUGGUCUUACCCCACUUCACCACAGCGUGGGAGAUAUAUCUCCCAUUUGCAGCUUCAAUAAGACUACAUAUAUAUGACAUCUGCUCCCUAUUUUCUAAGCAUCUCUAUCAGGUGGAAAUUCAUUAUCACACCAUCUCCAAUUCUAUAGUGACCCACCCCAAUUGACUAAGAUUAUAUCUCCGAUUAUGUCUCCGUCAGGGCAGUUGAUCAAUUUGUCAGCACAUCCAGCACAUCAUCUCUUUAGAAUCAAAUCGAAUUUACUGCAACGACUCAAAGUAUAAAUAAGAUCCAUACACCAAUACAGGCCACCAGCACUCAAAUAAACCAACUCACCAUGGGCUCCAUCGCACCCGCCGUUAUCCCCGCCCCCGAAGCCCCCUACUUCACCCCCGCCAACCACGAUGUCGGCGCCGCCCUCAACCCAAACGACCCCUCCACCCCCACCCUCUUCCGCCCCCUGACCAUCCGCGGCGUCACGCUCAAAAACCGCAUCGCCGUCUCCCCCAUGUGCAUGUACUCCGCCGAGUCCGACCCUGCCGCCCCCGACGUUGGCGCCCUAACCGACUACCACCUCGCCCACCUCGGCCAGUUCGCCCUGAAAGGCGCCGGCCUCGUCUUCGUCGAGGCACAGGGCGUGGAGCCCCGCGGCCGCAUCUCCCCCAACGAUGCGGGCCUCUGGCAGCACGACACCGACAGCGCCCAAUUUCGCUCUCUCCAGCGCGUCGUCCACUUCUGCCGUAGCCAGGGCGCCCACGUCGGCAUCCAGAUCGCCCACGCCGGCCGCAAGGCCAGCGUCACCGCCCCCUGGGUCGCUCGCCAGGCCGGCCGCCCCAGCGUGCGCGCCGAAGCCGCCGUUGGUGGCUGGCCUGACGACGUGAUUGGCCCGUCGGGCGGCGACAAGCACCGCUGGGAUGCCGACGGCGACUACUGGACCCCGCGCGCGGCGACUGUAGAGGAGAUCCAGGGCAUCGUCCGUGCCUUCGCCAACAGCGCCGCCUGCGGGGUCCGCGCGGGCGUCGAAGUCGUCGAGAUCCACGCGGCCCACGGGUACCUGCUGCACCAGUUCCUCAGUCCCGUCACCAACCGUCGCACGGACGACUACGGUGGCAGCUUCGAGAACCGCACUCGGCUGCUGCGCGAGGUCGUCGCGAACGUGCGGGCGGCCGUGCCGGAGCAGACAGCGGUAUUUGUGCGCAUCAGCGCCACCGAGUGGCUCGAGGGCCAGCCCGUGGAGGCCGAAGCCGGCGGGAGCUGGGAUGUCGCCAGCUCCGAGCGGCUGGUGCCCAUCCUGGCGGAUCUGGGUGUGGACCUGGUCGAUGUCAGCUCGGGUGGGAACCACCGCGACCAGCGCAUCCCGCACGGCUCGGUCUCGUACCAGACGGACCUGGCUGGGCGGCUGCGGCGCACGCUGCAGGCUGCCGGGCGGUCGACGCGGAUCGGGGCGGUGGGCUUUAUCACGGGGGCGGACCAGGCGCGGGGCCUCGUUGAGGGGUCCGACGAGGCGGAACGGGCGGCGGCCACAGUGGCCGGGGCGGACCCGGCGGCGGACGUGGUGCUACUCGGGCGGCAGUUCCUGCGUGAGCCCGAAUGGGUUAUGCUUACGGCGCAGCGGCUGGGGGUGAAGGUGGGCUCACCGAAGCAGUUCUGGCGCGCGGGAGGGGCGUUUGACUAG